GAGUCCAGACUUUUUUGUCGCGCUGGCGUUAAGUCCCCGAAAAACUGCACAGCCCAGCAUGCAACAGGGUCAACUUUCUACAUGUGUACUACAAUGUGUACUACAUUUCCCAGAAGUCACUCUGCACCGCAGUGUUUUCUGGGAUGGGAACCACGCCGUUUCCCAGCCUGUGAGACAAGUGAAGCGCGGAUCUUUCAACAAGAGCUUUAUUAAUUACGCCGGGAACUUGGCAGGAGAUGGAAGUGGCGGCUAAUUGCUCCCUGCGGGUUAAAAGACCUCUGUUGGACCCCCGCUUCGAGGGUUACAAGCUCUCCCUUGAACCACUUCCCUGUUACCAGCUGGAGCUUGAUGCAGCUGUGGCAGAAGUAAAACUUGGAGAUGAUCAGUAUACGCUGGAGCACAUGCAUGCUUUUGGAAUGUAUAAUUAUCUACACUCUGAUUCAUGGUAUCAAGACAGUGUCUACUAUGUUGAUAUCCUGGGAAGAAUUAUGAAGUUAACAGUGAUGCUGGAUACUGCCUUAGGGAAACCACGAGAGGUGUUUCGACUUCCUGCAGAUUUGACAGUGUAUGACAAUCGCCUUUGUGCAUCUAUUCAUUUCACUUCUUCUACCUGGGUUACCUUAUCAGAUGGAACUGGAAGAUUAUAUCUCAUUGCAACAGGUGAACGUGGAAAUAAUGCUUCUGAAAAAUGGGAGAUUAUGUUUAAUGAAGAGCUUGGAAAUCCUUUUAUCAUAAUUCACAGUCUUUCAUUGCUGAAAGAUGAAGAACAUUCAAUAGCUACCCUACUUCUUCGAAUAGAAAAGGAGGAACUGGAUAUGAAAGGAAGUGGUUUCUAUGUUUCUUUGGAAUGGGUCACUAUCAGUAAGAAAAAUAAAGAUAAUAAAAAAUAUGAAAUCAUUAAGCGUGACACUCUCCGUGGAAAGUCAGUGCCACAUUAUGCUGCUUUUGAGCCCGAUGGAAAUGGUCUAAUGAUUGUUUCCUACAAGUCCUUCCAGUUUGUUCACCUUGGUCAGGAUAUUGAAGAAAAUAAGGAUGAAAACAUGUCAGAGAAAAUCAAAGAACCUCUUUAUUACUGGCAACAGACUGAAGAUGAUUUGACAGUAACAGUCCGACUUCCAGAAGACACUGCUAAGGAGGACAUUCAAGUACAGUUUUUGCCUGAUCACAUCAGCAUUGUGCUGAAUGGUCAGCUGUUUUUGGAAGGGAAGCUACAUUCAACUGUUGAUCAUGAAAGUAGUACAUGGAUAAUUAAAGAAAAUAACAGCUUGGAAAUUUCUUUAAUAAAGAAAAAUGAAGGUCUGACAUGGCCGGAGCUAAUAGUUGCAGAUAAGCAAGGGGAAUUCAUAAGGGACUCAGCCCAUUGUGCUGCAAUAGCUGAACGUUUGAUGCAUUUGACCUCUGAAGAACUGAAUCCAAAUCCAGAUAAAGAAAAACCUCCCUGUAAUGCUCAAGAGUUGGAAGAAUGUGAUAUUUUCUUUGAAGAGAGCUCCAGUUUAUGCAGAUUUGAUGGCAAUACAUUAAAAACUACUCAUGUGGUGAAUCUUGGAAGUAAUCAGUACCUUUUCUCUGUCAUAGUGGAUCCUAAAGAAAUGCCCUGCUUCUGUUUGCGCCAUGAUGUUGAUGCCCUUCUCUGGCAGCCACACUCCGGCAAACAAGAUGAUAUGUGGGAGCACAUUGCAACUUUCAAUGCUUUAGGCUACGUCCAAGCAUCAAAGAGGGACAAAAAGUUUUUUGCCUGUGCUCCCAAUUACUCCUAUGCAGCUCUUUGCGAGUGCCUGCGCCGAGUGUUCAUCUAUCGCCAGCCCACGCCCAUGUCCACUGUACUUUACAACAGAAAGGAAGGCAGGCACGUAGGGCAGGUUGCUAAGCAGCAAGUAGCAAGCCUAGAAACCAACGAUCCUAUUUUAGGUUUUCAAGCAACAAAUGAGAGAUUAUUUGUUCUCACUACCAAAAACCUCUUUUUAAUAAAGAUAAAUACGGAGAAUUAAUUCCCCCAACACAUGGCUUCUCUGUACCGAGAAACUAUUCAGUGGUAGCUAGAGGGCUGGGAAGUUACACUGUAACCUGUUAAGUUUUGAUGUAUUAAAUAAAAAUAUACUAUGUAAUUUAAAAAAAAAUUUUUAAAGGACAAAGAGAUUAUGAUUCUGUAAAAGAUAUACUAGGCUAUAGGAUGAAGAUACAGAUUUAGAGAAUUGGCUUCUGUAAAAAUGUAAAGAUAAUAUUGGCAAGUAUAAUUAUUUUUAAAAAAUAGAGGCUAAAAUCUCUUUUUAUAUGAAAGAUACAUAAUCCAUUGUUAAAAAAAUAAAAUAUUUAUUCUGUA